UCCACAAAGAGGCCAGCUGAUAUUUGUAAACACUUCCUUUCUUAGAAAAAAUACGUUUUUGUCAAAGUCAUAUCGUUGAACACUUGAAUUUAACAUAUGCUGGCGUUUGAACUGGAUUUCGUACACUGUUAUAUAAUGGAUACAGCAUUUCUUCUUUUUCAGAAGGUGUGGUAAGGUGAAACACAUCUGAGCAGAUAUGCCUUAAAUCCGACGAAGUGUUGUGUACGUGGUGGAGAGAAAGAUAGUUUCCAGUGGCCACCAUGUUGUACAUAUUCCACGUCGACACUGGCACCAUGAUGACCUUUGACAUGAACCUGGCCAUGGAAAAUGUGUCAGUUCUUCAAAGUGUCAUCACGAAGGCAUGUCAUAUUUCCGAGGACAAACAGGUCCUACUAAUCAGUGGUGGGGAGAGCCUCGACCCCAACCAGCGUGUCGCCAAGUACAAUGCGGGAAUGGAUACCAAUCCGAUCUUUCUGUUCAGCAAGAGCACCAUUGAGGCAGCCACGCCCCCUUCUCCGAGUGUUCAUUAUGGGUCAGGUACCCGACAUGAUUUGCAAGAUGUUGAUCUGCAGAGUCAAGUGGAUGGGUCCUUGAACAUGCCACCAGCAUAUGAGACAGUGGUGUCCAGAACACAACUCGCUGUGCAAAUCCGUGAUGUGGAUGAGGAAGAAAUGAAGGCCUGUGAGAGACUUGUACAUGAUCAGCAUCUACAACAACAAGGCUGGGCCGCUGUUGUGGCUAACCUCGAGGAUAUCACUAAUGCUCUACAUCAAAGAUGUGAUUUGUUUCAAGAUUCUUAUGGGAAUUAUCUCACUUCAAGGUCACAAUAUCUGUCUACGCUUCAAUGUAUCAGUGAGUCUCUGGUAUUGUUGGCCAAAAUUCCUAUACUGGACUGUCUGAAGGAUUCGUCCUGUCUGGACACAUCGGUACCAAUAGCAGCUACCGGCGGUACGGAGGCCGAUCUCGUGUCUGACGGCACCGACCACACGACGACACUGUUCGAGUGGAUCAGCUCACAGGAUCCACAUCACAGUCUCAAUGAAAUGGUCGAGCAGUGUGUUAGAGCAACAGAACAGUUUGACGAAAAGAUACUUGACACACUGAAGAGUGAGGUGCAGCAAACGGUUGAGGCUGUGAACAACCCCAGUAUGAAGGAGGUCAAAGGUCUGGAGGACCGGCUGUACGGACUGGAUCAGUUCAUGAGUGGAGCCAAGAAAUUAGUCAAAGAACAACUGGAUAUGGCCACGGGUUUUAUCCAGAACCAGAGUCGACUGAGUAACCUGCGUGACAAGUCCAUCUUGCCCGACCUGUGUGACAGCCAUAAGAAACAGCUACAAGUGAUGCUGAGUAAUCACAAGAAACUGAGAGAAAUCAAGAAGAAAUGUCGCAUGGCUAAAGAAGAGUUGUCUGUAAAUCUACACACACGGCUCCGGUGGGUGAUGUUUGUGGAAAAGAAAAUCUGUGAUAUUGAUGGUAAAUUAAUGAUUUACCAUGAAAACCUCAAGAGACUACACAAACGGUUGGACAUCCUGCGACAGAUUCAGGAUGCACCAAAUGUCUAUGCAGAACUUAUUGUUGAGGUUGUUCGAAGAAGAAGGUUCUCAUCAGAAUUUCUUAAGUGGGCAACAGCUUUAGCGAAAGAAUCAAGUCAGUUACACAGUAAAGAAACUAAGCGCAGACAAGCUUUUGUAAUAGAAAUAGGAAAACAUUUUCUUCAGUCACUGUUUCAUGGUUUUGAAGAUUCACCGCCAUAUUUUGCUACUGAGCCACCAGCAGACUUUGAUCAGUAUCUGCCACAUAUUUCAGUGGAAGACAUACAGUGGUUACAAAAUGCAGUACCCGAGCUUUCUAGUGUUUUUAGAAUUCCUGAAGAAGUGCAUAUCCCAGAACAGAUGAUGCUUCCCACUGUAACGACAACCACAGAGUCGGUGAGCGACAGCACCAUGCAGUGUGAUGCCCGGGUCAACGGCUGUCAUCCACUGACGGCCGUCUCGUCAGCAGCUACGUCUGAGAUUGACAUCAUACAGAGUGACUGUGACAAUCAGUUUGUGCACGUAGACAACGGCAACAUUUCCCUCGUUGACGAAAUGGCAGCUUGCAGUCCCAACACGGACAUCACAAUCAAACCGCAUGUCACAGUGUCAUCGGAGAAAACCAGCUUCCCCAUACCCCAAAGUCUUUCAGAAACCCUGACGCAGGAGAUCAGCACAGAGGUGAAGGGAGAGGGAGACAAAUCUGUGAAUAAAACCAGUGCUGGGAGGGCUGAGGUCAAGGGUGAGACGCCCAAGGCAGAGAGUAGUCAUGCUGUGUCUUCGACUGUUGUUACAAAUACUCCAGCCAGUUCUAAAGUCUCGGACCAAGCCGAUGGACUCCUGUCCUCGGGUGAACCAGCGAAGUCCAUGGAGAGUGACAUUCCUGCAGGGGAACGGAGCCAGGACAGUUCGGUAUCGAGGAAGAGUCACAGGAAGAGUCACACGACUCUGGACGCCACGUCGCCGGAAAUGGAAACCUCGCAGGAGUUUCAGACAGCAGAUUUCUACUUUGACGAGUCGUUGCCGUCAUCAAUGACCGACUCUCCUCCCAACAAACACAGCGAGAAGGACAAACCGUCGGUCAGCGAGCAGCUCCUACAGAAGACAAACACGAUCCUCAGACUGGAACAGGACUUGGUCGACAGCCAGCAGAAGUUGUCCUCCUCUCGGCUACACCUCAAGUGUCUGUGUCAGAAACUGAAAGAAGACUUGCCAUCCCUGCACAGCAGUCUGACAGCACUGAGAGAUUCUGUCACCGAGGAACAGAGGACGUUCUUCGACUAUCUGAAAACAGUUCAGCAGGAUAUUGUAGCAAAUACCACCAAGUUCCAUGAACACGUAGUGUCAUCUAAUAAUGAGUCGAUGUGUAAACUAAAAGACGACAGUGAUAAGGAAAUUUCAAGGUUAAACAGUGACUUAGAGAAAAAUGAUGGCAAGAUUAAAGAGUUGAACAGUCAGGUUUCUUGUGUUCAGAAGGAGCUUGAUGAAGCUCGUAAUGCCACAGAGGUGGUUAGGACUGAAAUGAGUAAGAAAUGUGAGGACCUGAAAGCCACCUACAGUUCACAGAAGGAGGACCUGAUCCGUGAGCAUACUCUAGGACUAGAGGUUGAGAUGGACAGACUGAGGUCAGAGUAUAAAACACAGCUGGAGCAGUACGAACUGGAGGUGAAAUGUGCCGAGGACAAACGGUCUGAUGCUCAAGAAAAAAUUAAACAGUUGAUUUCAGAAAAGGAGCAACUGAGUGAAUCUUUAACGCAAAGGUUUCUUGAGCAGAAGGAAGAGAUCAGGCGUAUUUUACAAGAAGAAUUUCAGGAAAAAGAAACAAAAUUAAUUUCCGACAUGGAAGAGAAAUUCGAAAAGAAAAUUGAAGAACAGUGUGAAAAGAACAAAUCUGAAUUUGAAGACAAAUUAGCAGAGGAAAGUCAGAAAUUGCAGAGCAUGCUGGUUAUUGAAAAAGCAGAAGCUCUCAAAGACCUGAAGGUGGAAUUGGAAGCAGCACACAAGGUCACAGUUGAUCAGUUAUCCGAGAAACUGAAUUCUGAUAAAGACAGGGAACUGAAGCAGCUCGAAGACACUUUGAAACAGGAGUAUGAAUUGAGUGCACUGAAGGCGCAGGAGAAGUUUGACUGUGAGAAGGAAGAGUUGCUUGGUCAGCUGAAUCAGCGGAGUAAGCCGGUCGGGUCGAGCAGUGAAACGCAGACGGACAUGGUCGAGGUGCUGACUCUCAGUGAACACAAAGCCUUGAUGAAGGAUGUCGAGGAGAAACUCAGGGAGGAAACAAAUGAGCAGAUCAAGAAAGCUCUGGAAGAACACGAACAACAACACGAGAAACAGAUUGAGGAUCUCACCAUGCGACUCCAGCGUAAGAAGGACGACGCAAUGAGUUUAGUGAAAACCAGCAUCACCGCAGACAGACAGGUUCAGUUCAACGAGGCGGUGAGCAAAGUGAGUCAGGAGAAGGACAAGAUCAUCGGAGAGCUGAAGAAACGAGAGGCUCAACUCCAGAGUCUGUUGGAGCAGCAGACAGGAGAACUGGAGAAGAGUUCUUCAGAAAAAGCUGCGUCCGAGGAGACCGUGGAACAGUGCCAUAACCUGCUGGCUGAACGCGAAAAGAGCUUCAGUUUAACAGAAGGUGAACUCAAGAACGAGAUAGAGUCGCUAAAAGAGCAACUAGGCCAGUGUCAGAGUCAGUUGUUUACUUCGUCAAUAGUGCCAGCCAUACACAAGGAAGGAGCUUGUGUUACUGAUGUACACUCCUUUGAUAAAAUAUUCGAAUUGGAAUCAGUACUCAAGGCUAAAGACGAAGAAAUUGUAAAUCUUCAGAGCAAAGUGAUGGCACUCUCCAUGUCAGCCAGCACACGGACCAUAGCUCAAAACAAAGUCUCCAUCACAAGUUGCAGUGUUGGAGACUUGGUGCUUCUGUGCCUAGAUGAGAGACAUGACCAGUAUGUUGUGUUCACCAUUGGAACAACACUUCAUUUCCUACACACCGAAUGUCUCGAACUUCUUGGACUGAAAACAGGUCAAGGUGAAAGUCGCAAAUCGUGGGUGCUAGCUGAAAUUAUAGACAAGGAGUACUGUCAAGCUAAAAAGCCUCAAAAUCGAUUCAAAGUUCCAGUGGGUACCAAGUUCUACCGAGUGAAAGCAAAACCGUGGGUUCGGGAACAGCCUCGCCGAGAGACGGCAAGUCAAGAAGCAGCUAGUUCCUCAUCAUAAACCUUAAAAAACCUACAACAUUUUAAACCUGCCAUCCUGGAAAUCUUCCAUUUCAUAAGUAAUAAGUGCGAUAUGACCAUCUUCAUCCACUUAAUUCUGUCUACACUGGGUUUUCUAACCUGGGAUAAACAUCUAUACAGUAAAACAUGCAGAGGAUUAUACAAGCUCUGCAAGGACCGAAAGCUUUGUGUUCAUCCUGGAUGAUCUGGACUUCAUUUUCUGUGUGUAGACCUACAACUGAUAUUAAAUUGUAGUGUCAUGAGGACACUACAGUGAUUUAACAAGAUGUAAAUUAACAUGGUUGUCUUUGACCCAGGAGGAAAUACCAUCUGUGUAGACGAACAGUAUCUGGCCUUAAUAAACUCAAAUAUCUUUGAAAGUGUUGAGGCAAGAAUAAAGUUGAUGGUAAUUUAAAAAAAAAUAUUAUUAUAAAAUCACAAUACUUCUGGCUUCUUUUUUUUUUCUUGUGAUAAAAAAGAUGAACUUUUCUGUGUUUUAAUAUUGUCUUAGGUCAUCAGGGUUUCUUACUCGAACACUUGGUUUUUCUAAAACUGUAGUGAUGACCUUUUGGUUAUGCUUAUAUUGCAAAUAAGAGUUCACGGUUUGUAAGUAUUUUUGUUAGUGAGUGUACAUGUGUAUUAUAUUUGGAAGUAUUUAAGAUCAGCUGAAUGUGUUCGUGAGUGAAAUUAUUGUAACUCAUUUAUAAAUUUAUAAAAUUAUUAAAUAAAUGUAAUGUAGUUUUGCCUUUUUGUGAAUUUUUUUUUUUCUGAGAUACAUAUUUGAUUCUAUUAUGAAUAAAACAUAUUACAUGUAUCAAUAGGCAAUACAAUGUAACUGUUCUACUAAUAAAAUGAAUCCAUGCUAACAAUUAUUUUAGAGGUUGUUUUGUAACGAGAAUCCUAUUAUAUGAUUUACCAGUAUAUAAUUGUAGCCCAUUAAAGCCCAUUCUGUCUUAUAGACCUACUGUAAAAUACAGGUUAUCAUACAUAACAAAUUCAUAGGGCAGAUGCUAGAUAGGCAAACUAGUAGAUCAUGGGGUUUAAUGAUACAUUCAAGUCUUCGAUCAUUUUUCAUUUACAUGUACUUUGAUCAUGUCUUGCAUUAUGUCGAACGCAUUACUAUGAAAACCAACUUACUACUAUUAUAAAUGUAGUUAAUGUUAUAUGAUGAGGUGCCACACGACAUAUCAAACUCUUUUAAAACAGGGUUGAUAUCGAUUCCUUUAAACGAUUACCAAUCAUUAAUAUAACAUUGUAACUACUAGUCACAGAAUAAUAUUACUUACAGUUUUUAUUUUUAGAUGCAUCUCAAAUUUAGUUGCUGGAGUGUUAUGUUAUAAUUGUUUGUGUUACAUAUUGCAUGAAUGGUUGUUUUGGAAAACAUUUAUAUAAAAGUAAAAUUUGGUUAUAAAUUUUAUUAUCAUGUACAUACAUUUUAUUAAUAGAUUCUUGUAAAUACCUUUUAAUUAUAUAAUAUAUACAUCUAUAUAUAUAUUCGUGGGAACAAAAAUUACAAUAAAAAGUUGCUCUGAAAAUUUUACUAGUUUUGAAUGUUCUUUUGUUUACAGGUUUACAAGCCAAGUAAUAACAAAAUCAAAAUGUUUGUUUAAUAAAAAUUUAGAGAAU